AUGGAGCCGAUCUUGCUCAGAUACGCCACUCAACAUGGUUUCCCGUGUCGAUUUAGCACUCGUCUUGUCCGGUUUGACGACUCCGCACGAGACUCGGUGCUUGCAGAAAUCGAAGACCGAAUCUAUGGAAGGACGCAGAUGGUCAGGUCCAAGUAUCUUUAUGGAGCAGACGGUGCCAAAAGUAUGGUUGUUCAGCAACUAGGCUUAGCCAUGUCUAUCAAACCUAGUCAAGGCGUCGCUCUGAAUGUUUUACUACGGGCGGAUCUUUCUGGCACGAUGAAAACGCGAAUUGGGAAUUUGCACUACGUAAUACAACCUGAUAUCGAGAUGCCUGACUUUGCCGGAUGGUCGAUCGUGCGGAUGGUGAAGCCGUGGUAUGAGUGGCUCGUUAUCAUGAUGUACAAACCGACGUGUCCAGCAGAUUUCAUGCCUGAUAAGAAGCAGGUUGAAGAACAGGCCAAAGCUGUUAUAGGAGAUCCGACAAUCCGCGUGGACAUCCUUCGAAUCGACAAGUGGAUCAUCAAUGAGACCGUAGCAGAGUGCUACAGUAAGGGACGGGUAUUCUGUCUAGGAGACGCAGUUCACCGGCAUCCUCCAAUGAAUGGACUUGGAUCUAAUACCUGCAUCCAAGACGCUGCCAAUCUGGCAUGGAAAGUGGCGAUGGUGGAGAAAGGACUGGCGGGAAAAUCACUCCUGGACACCUACAGUAUCGAACGGGCACCGGUAGGAGCUGGGGUUGUGCAACGAGCGAAUUCUUCUCUGAGGGAGCACAUACCUAUCUUUGAAGCUCUCGGAUUUCUCAGCCCCUCCUUACAGGAACGAAAGCAGCAGCUGGCCAUUCUGGACGAGGUAUCUGAACGUGGCCAGACUCGACGGCGGCAACUCAUCAACUCGAUUGAUUAUACCUGUCACGAGUUUUUGGCGCAGGGAUCCGACAUGGGCCAGCGAUACGAAUCUUCUGCCAUCAUUGUCGAAGACGCGGGAGAGCCUCCAAAAGUGCCAUCAGACCCGGUUCUAUUUUAUGAGCCCCAUACGUAUCCGGGAGUAAGGCUGCCACAUGCCUGGUUGAACACGAGUAUCCCGCAAACCCAGGUGUCCACAUUGGAUCUGAGUGGCAAAGGACGAUUCACUCUUUUCACUGGCCAUGGAGGAGAGGCCUGGCGGAUGGCUGCUGCUCACGCCAAGGAAAUUUUGGGCGUAGAGGUGGCCGUCCAUGCUGUUGGAUUCGGUCUGGAAUAUGAAGCCGUUUACAAUGACUGGUAUCACCUCCGGGAAGUCAACGAAGACGGCUGUGUUCUGGUCCGGCCGGACAACUUUGUGGCGUGGAGAAGUGUGGAUAUGGUCGACAAUUGCUCGGCUACUUUGCAGGACGUGUUGAAGAAGAUCCUGGGCAUCUGA